UGUCCCAACUGCAGUGAGGAGUUCCUUUCCAUCGAGGCAGUCAUUCUGCAUCUUGAUUCUCCGUCUACCUGUUGGCCACAUGAAUCACAUCCACAUCAAUUUCCAAUUCCACCUGCAUUGCGAGGUUCUCAUUCAUCGACAUCCUCCACUACUGGACAUCAUCAUCCUCGAUCUGGGUAUGUCUUUGGUGUCGGCAAAAACUUAUUCGACAGGUUGCAAGAGGAUCAAUAUGAUUAUCGGAGGAAAAUGAAUACAUAUUACCCUUUUCAUGAUGAAGGGGAGUGGGAAUUGGCGAGGUUUCUAGUUGAAAACCUGACUCAGACUCAGAUCGACAAAUUUUUGAAGCUGAAAUGGUUUCACACCCGCCCAAGACCAUCUUUCACCUCAAAAGAUCAACUUCUCGACUGGAUUGACGCACUCCCCUCUUUUGUGCCUUGGAAAGUCUCGACCAUGGAGUUUACAGGCUACAAGACAACCUAUCCUUUGCAACUCAUCUGGCGUGAUGCUCUCGAAGUUGUCAAACAGCUCUUUGGCGAUCCCGUUUUCGCCAAUCACAUUACUUUUCAGCCACAUGUUGACCAUCUCCCAGUAGGUGCUACACAAGUACCGAUCAUCCUGGGAUCAGAUAAAACACCUGUGACACGCACUACUGGAGGGCUUGAGAUGCACCCACUCUUCAUUACGAUUGGCAACCUCGAUUCAGAAGUUCGCUCCAAGGCUACACUACGAGCUUGGCGGUGUAUUGCUUACAUGCCCAUCGCCAAGUUUCGUGUGCAUCCUGAUUAUCAGAGCAUUCUGCAAGCACGGCUGUGGCAUAAAUGUGUCGAUCUUGUCUGCGCCAAUCUCAAGAUUGCAGCAAAAAAUGGUUGUUUUAUGCCCGAUCCUUCCCGAUACAUUCGUUACGUCUUUACACCUCUCAUCGCUCACGUAUGUGACCUCCCAGAGGCUACCAUGAUCGCUACUGUCAGUAAAAACGCAUCUCCCAUAACUAUGGCGACACAGGCAAAUUUUGGUGAUGGAGUCCUCUACCCUCCUCGUACUGGGCAACACACGCUGCGACUCAUCUAUGAGAUCUCCCAGGAGGCUGAUCCUUGGGAUCUCGAUAAAUUCCAGAAGGCAGCAAAAGCAGUCCAUCUGUCAGGAGUUCACAUGCCGUAUUGGCGCGAUUGGAUGUUCGCAUGCCCGUCUGUCUUUCUCACUGGUGAAGUUUUACAUACCUGCAUCAAGUUUUUUGCAGAUCAUCCGCUCAAUUGGAUCAAGGAGACAGUAGGGAAACCUGAGCUCGAUGCUCGCUUCAUGGUUCAGCAUAAGCGGGUGGGAACACGUCACUUCACCAAAGGUGUCACCCAUGUCAACCAAAUGACAGGACGGGAGCACCGAGAUAUCCAACGCACCAUUGUCGCUUCAAUUGCAGGUGUUGCUCCACCCAGAUUCAUUCGUGCCAUUCGCGCCCUUGUGGAGUUCAUCUAUCUUUCGCAGAAUCCAGUUCAUUCUCCUGAUUCCCUACAGUCGAUGGCGCAAGCACUUUCAGAUUUUCACGUGUUCAAGGAUGCUAUUGUCGAUGCUGAGGCAAGGAGGGGAAAGAAAGGUGUUAAAGAAGAUUUCUUUAUCCCGAAACUCGAGCUAUUGCAAAGCUUUGGAGGCACAGUCGAGAGACUGGGCACUUUGAUGCAGUUUUCGGCUGAUAUGACAGAGCGCUUACUCAUUACACACUGCAAGCAUCUCUUUGGGCGCACAAACCGGCGAUCCACUGAUUUUACAGAGCAGUGCGUACGGAUCCUCAACCGCCAAGAGUCAAUGGAAUUAUUCAACUUGUAUGCGUUAUUCUAUUCUCGUGGCGCGUCACUCGUCAAUGCCAUAUGUAUGGAAGAUGAGGAAGUGACAACCGUUAAUCCAGCACUUUCCUGGGUUUCUCGUGUUCUCCCUGAUGAAGCACAUUCCAUUCAUGGACCUCGGCCAGUUCGGAAUCAUUUUCUUAAGGGCAUUCUUUCUGGAGAUGCUCACACUGCCUUCCAUCUGACUUUGACACCAGAUUUCAAGGCUCUGACACCCAUUGCUAUUGAAACCAAAUAUUCACUUGUUAAUUUCAAUCGUGCGCUCUCUCAGUUUAUCAAUCAGCUAUCCCUCCUCACUGGCGAGCAUACCCGCUGGGACCACAAAUACGGACGCUUUUGCGCGUGGAACAAAUUUCGACUACAGCUUCACUCUGCUUUCCAGCCACGAGUCAUCAUGCCAAGCAGAGUGAUACAAGCGUACCCACCGAGUGAUGCAUUCCCCCUUGGAAACUGUGACGCUGUCCUAAUCAAUUCGUGUUUCAGAUCUAAUUCAAGAUGUUUUUCAGCCAGUCGUGUUGCACAAGUCCGACUUAUUUUUCAGCCGAAGAUUCCAGGGACUUCUGACUUGGUGUUGCCAACGUUCCUCUCCGGUCCACUCCUCUACGUCCAAUUCUUUCACUUCGUCGCUAAUCCCAGUGACCGUCCUGAACUUGCAAUGUGGACAGUAGAGCGCACAUACACGAUGGACCAACAUGGCAGACGUUGUAGGUGUGGUGGCGUGAUAUCAUUGACGGAUGUAACACAUGCUGUCGAAUUGAUACCAGAAUAUGGUAACAAGGUAGACGCAAAGAUUUCUUCGGCCACUUGUUUGGAGAGCUAUGACCGGUUUUUUCUUAACAGUUUCGCAGAUAAGGAGAGCUAUCAUACAUUCAGCACGGAGUUCGCAUAG